GAAGCGCCGGCAAAUUGUAUCCUGUUGGGUGUCAUCUUUUGCUAUGUUGUGUCGAGUUGACGACAUCAGGUGAUCGCUUCGCCAUUUUUCAGUUUCCAAACUUAUUCAAAGUUUCCUGAAAAGUGUACAGACUCGUUACAAUCAUGUCGAAAGCGAAGGUAUCCGCUGAAUGGAGAAAACGCGUGAAAUCGGAGUAUAUGCGACUCAGGCAGAUGAAACGGUAUAAGCGAGCGGACGAAGUAAAAAUUGCAUGGAACCAGAAUCGCAAAAAUAUGACAGAACUCCUCGUUGAAGAACAAAAACGCUGGGUGGAUGGAAAAGCCAUGUGGUUGGCUAUGCAAGAUAUUCCGGCACACGUUUCGUGCAUGAAGAAAGCAGAAGUAUCGAGUUCGGAUGGGGACAUUCAGACGUGUCCUGUUAAGAUGAUCAAUGCCGUUACGCCUAUACCAACAAUGUACACCUGGGCACCGAUACAACAGAACUUCAUGGUCGAAGAUGAGACAGUACUACAUAAUAUCCCUUAUAUGGGAGAUGAGAUUUUGGAUCAGGAUGGCACGUUCAUAGAAGAAUUAAUAAAAAAUUAUGAUGGAAAGGUUCAUGGUGAUAGAGAAUCAGGUUUUAUGGAUGAUUCCAUUUUUGUCGAUCUAGUGAAUGCAUUGUUAACAUAUGAGAAAGAUGAUAAAGAAAAAGAACAGCCUAAGAAAGGAAAGGAGUCAUCGAAAGAUAAGGAAAGUCAGAAAGAUGAUGAUAAGGACAGAAAAGAUACAGAAUCCUUUAAAACGGAAGUUAAAGUAAAAAAAGAACCUGAAGACCUUGAGAGGGAAAAAGACGUUCCUUUUCCAUCCAUGCAGAUAUUUAACGCAAUUUCAAGCAUGUUUCCUGACAAAGGCAGACCCGAAGAACUGAAGGAGAAAUAUAUCGAGUUAACUGAAAGAUCUGAUCCAAAUGUAUUACCUCCGGAGUGUACACCAAACAUUGACGGCGUGAAUGCCAAGAGUGUUCCCAGAGAACAGACGAUGCACUCCUUUCAUACACUCUUCUGCAGAAGGUGUUUCAAGUACGACUGCUUCCUUCAUCCAGCCAGGGGGACUUCGCCGCAAGGUCUCCAAGUCUGUCAUCCUGGGCCAAAUUUGCAGAAGCGAAAGGGGCCCGAUUUGAAGCCGUUUGCCGAGCCAUGCGGUUCGGAAUGUUAUAUGCAUUUGGAUGGCAUGAAGGAGAAGCUUGCGGCUGAAGCAGCCGACAUAAAAGAAGAGGAUGGCGAUGAGAAAAGGGGAGGACCAAGAAAAGUUCGAAAGCAGGCCAGUGUCGAUUCUGGAAACGAAGCCAGCAGCGAAGACAGUAACGACAGUAACAAAUACAGCCAAGGUGGUAGUUGCCAAGGUGAGAAUAAAUUCCUUACUACAAGCAACGUUCUAACAUUCAAAUGUUACGAAAGAACGAAGAAUAUUAAAAUUGUACAAAUUAUUCCAGAUUUUAAACAAAAUGUGAAUAAAGAGUCGAAGCCUGCGGACACAAUGGAGGACCAAGCUCAACCAGAGAAUCAAACGCCUUUUACCCUGUUAGGCUUGGACAAACGUAAGUGGAUUAGAGCUGAGAGUGAAUUUUCGUGGACUGGAUCCGAGCAAAGUCUCUUCAGGGCAUUGCACAAAGCAUUUCCUGGAAAUCCGUGCGCCCUGGCUCAAAUUAUGCUUACGAAGAGUUGCCAAGAGGUUUACCAAUUUGCUCAAAAAGAAGCCUCUGACAUUCCUGCGGUUGAGAGUCUGAAGGACUUCACGCCUCCACGCAAGAAGAAAAAGAAACACCGACUGUGGUCCAUGCACUGCAGAAAAAUACAAUUAAAGAAAGAUUCAGGAGCAAAUCACGUUCACAAUUUCGCACCUUGCGACCACCCUGGCCGGCAGUGCGACAAUUCCUGCCCAUGUAUUCAGGCGCAGAACUUCUGUGAGAAGUUCUGCCAGUGCAGCAGCGAGUGCCAAAAUCGAUUUCCUGGUUGUAGGUGCAAGGCUCAAUGCAAUACAAAACAAUGCCCUUGUUACUUGGCUGUUCGUGAAUGCGACCCCGACCUUUGUCAAACUUGCGGCGCCGAUCAGUUCCACAUCACCAGGAUUUCCUGCAAGAACGUCAGUGUCCAACGGGGACUGCACAAGCACCUCCUGAUGGCACCAUCCGAUGUCGCCGGAUGGGGCAUUUUUCUUAAAGAAUCGGCCGCUAAGAAUGAAUUCAUUUCGGAAUAUUGCGGCGAGAUCAUCAGCCAAGACGAAGCUGAUAGGAGAGGAAAGGUGUACGACAAAUACAUGUGCAGCUUCCUAUUUAAUCUAAACAAUGAUUUUGUAGUCGAUGCCACUAGGAAAGGAAACAAAAUCAGAUUUGCCAAUCACUCGAUCAAUCCCAACUGUUACGCCAAGGUGAUGAUGGUCAACGGAGACCACAGAAUUGGUAUCUUCGCAAAGAGGGCCAUUCAGCCUGGAGAAGAAUUGUUCUUUGACUACAGAUAUGGCCCGACCGAGCAACUCAAGUUCGUUGGAAUCGAAAGGGAAAUGGAAUUCCUUUAACAUCAACGAAGACGUCUGUACAUAAUUGAGAUGCAACGACGAAGGCAUUCCUUCUCCCUAUUACGAUGUAACGAUUCAUGUAAACGGUAAUUGCAAAGCAAUUGCGAGGAUCCGAGAUACAACUGAUCGACACGAGAGAGGACCUUUCUGCCGUUAGGAAUUCUCGUGUGUACAAAUGUAUUUUCUUCGAUUAUCGAAAGAAGCUAUACACAAUAAGGGUAAUGUUCUCGCAUCGAGAUCGCAGCAUCCCUGUUGUCAAUGUCACUGCCACUGAUGUUACAGGCGAAAUUGAGACUCGCCCCCACUGUGUUCAGAAAAAUCGAUGAAAGCGACCAUACCGAUACUCUACUUCUUAAUUUUCAUGUCAUACUCCAUACGGAUGCAACACUCACGCAUACAGUUACACAAUGUAGAACCUUCGUAUAAAUUAUCACGCGCACCCCAACAGCAUUUGCUGUUUCCACACCGUUGAAAUUCGUCGCCGAACCAUUUAUCUCAACGGACUUAUUGUCUUUUUUUCUCUUUUUUAAUUUACUGAAAAUAAAUAAGCUUUCCGAAACCACAA